UCAUGAAUUAGCUUUAAUCGAAUUCGUAUACAUAUACGACCUAAAUGAUUAUUUUCCUUAGAUAAACAAGUUUAAUAUACAAGCAUAGCUCUUGUAACGGAGACAAUAUGCUAUUAUCUUAAUUCAUAAUCAUGUCUCUCACUCAACGAUGCCUCUAAUUGAUCAUGAACUCGAUGCAGCCUUGUAACACUCUAUAACAUAACAUGUUUAAAACCAUAGAAUAAAACGAGUUUGAUUGAUUGAAUUAUGGGACAAAACAUUGAACCGUCCUCCUAUAUCCUAAUCAAAUAUUAGAUAAAGACUUCUCUUAAUAAAAUAACUUUGUUAGGGCUACAACUUACAACAUCUUUCUCUUCACGACCGUCUUGGGACAAAAAAAAGAAAUGUGAACAAUUAGUAUUAUAAUAAGUGCAAUUGCAUGAAACAAAAAAAAAGAGGUAAAAUCUGAAAUGGUCUGCCACAUAUGUUUCCGUGUCUCCUCCUUCUGACAAGCCCACUCUUACCGGCUGAUCAAAUGGGAAUCACAAAGGCAAUAUCUAGUAAUGGUUUCAUCUGGCUCUGGUCCUUUGAAGUUAGUUUCACGUUCAAAAACAUAGCAUUCAAAGCUUCCUUCACCUCCAUGUGCAUCGUGGCUUAACUAAACAUUCAGUACUGUAAUUAACUAAUUAAAUAUCCCCAUGUUUCCCUCACAUGCCUUCACUCAUAUAUAUACCCAACUUCUCCUUCCAUUUUCUUCAGCAGAAUCAAGAAACAUGGCAUUUCCUGAAACCCAUCUCCAUAUGCCCAUUAGAUCUAUAAGUCUACCAUCAAGAAUACACCAUCCUUCUGCUAAGUUUCAAGCUGCUCUCUCUCAACUUCAGACUUGCCAAAACUCAUCCUCUGAUUCUCAAUCUCUUCAAGUAUCUUUAUUCAGUCUAUCUGAGCUUUACCAUUCUCUACACCAGCUCAACCACUCUCUUCCCACCGCUCAAGCCGAGCUAUCGCUUGACGUGUCAGCCACGUUACUAGACUCUUGUGACGCAGCCAGAAACCUAAUCAUCAAUCUUAAGGAGCAUCUUCUUAACCUUCACUCUGCACUUAGGAGAAAAGGAAAAUCCAUGGAAGUCCAGAUCAAAGAGUACUUUGUCUUUAGGAAAAAGAUCAAGAAAGAGACUAGCAAGCUUAUUCUUGGCCUCAAGGAGCUGGAUGGCUCUGAGACCACCGCGUUGGCCGUUUCCCUCUUGCGAUCCCUUUUCAUUUUUCUGUCCACAACAACGUCGAUGAAGACUAAUACAUGUACUCUCAAAUUCGUGUCUAAACUUAUUGGUGGUGGUCGUUCAUCGUCGUCAAUAAUGAGCGAGUUGCAGAAUCUUGAUUUGGUUUUGCGUUCGGAUGGAGACAACUCCAAGGAAGUGAAGAAGACUUUGGAGAUAUUAGAGGAAAGAACAGAAGGACUUGAAGCUGCACUUGAUUCUCUUUUCAAGUCUCUUGUCCAAUAUAGAGUUUAUUUGCUUAACAUUCUUACAACACACUCUUAGUUUGUUCACUACUAAUUAGCUAAUUAGUCUCUAAUUGUACACAAAACAUAUAUAGAAAUACAUACAAGUUCUCAUGGUGAAGAUUUAUCUUUAUCAUUACUGUAACCCGCUGAUUUAAACUACAUAAAUCAAAGUCUUCGUAAUA